CACCCUUUUUUCUCGAGAUAUCCUGUGCCUAUUCGAAACGACCAUAUCGUCGUUUCUCUGCUGCAAUCUCGCUUGUUUGUUCGGCUGAGCUCAUUAUUCUCUCCGUCCCCCGCUGUGUCUUCAGUCGGCUCUCUGCGACAGAAGCCCUUCGGCCAGACGUCUCGUUUUCGGUCGGAACACACCGGUGUGCUGAAGGAAAAGGGGAGACGGCUUCGGAAACUCCCUCUAACACACAACUCAGCACUGGUUAUCUACAAAAGAAAGCCGCAGGAAAAUGAACGGCGGCGAAAUGUCCUACUCCAGGGAAGACCCCAUCCCCGGCCCACCGGCCUUCUACGCCCUGCCACCCAGUAUGUCCAGCCCCCACAUCACCCAGCCCCUCCCGCGACCCAGCAGCAGCGGAACCACCAUACCAGUCAACCCACCUCGUCUACCCUCGGCACUCGUCGUUGCCAACCCCGAUGCGUCUGAGAGCGUGGUGCCGGUCGUGACACCGAAGCGGAGCCAUAAGGCGAGGAAACCAAAGGCGAAGAUCGAGAAACCGACCCCGGUGCCGGCUGGGACUGGGGCUGGGAGGGGUUCGGUGGAGGUGAUGGGGAGGCGUGAGGAGGUGGAGUUUGAAGAACCACCACUGACGAAGAAAGAGAAAAAGCACAAGGAAAUGAUGGAUCGUCUAGAGAAGCUCAACAGGGACUUUGUCAACAACAAAGAGAAAAUCUUCGCAGACAAAGUCAUCGACUACAAAGAAAAAGCACAACAACUCUUAUCCGGCACGCACCCCGAGUUCGACGACGUCAUCAAGCGGCUCGAAGACGACCGGCACCGAUCCGUGGCGAAUGCAGAGUCGUUUCGAGAUUAUCAGAUGGAAUGCGCGGCGAUGCUGUAUAAACAUGAGCAUGAUACUAUUAUUGCGGAGUUCAAGGUGAGAGACAAGGAAGCCGUGAAGGAGAAGAUGUUGGAAGCGUUAGAAGAGAAGAAACGGAAGAUACGCGACGACCGGGCCAACUUUGACAUCAACCAGAUACUCCAAGACACAACCCUAGAAGACCACCGCACCCUCGGCACCCGCAAAGCCACGCGUUCGCACGCCGCCAAAAACCCGGAAGAAAAGAAGGAGAAGAGGCGGAAGAUACAGGCUCUGCCGGGCAUCAUUGUCCUUACGCCGGAUGAGGUGGCGUUGGCGGAUUUGAGUCUUAUUCGUCGGCAAAUACCCGUACAAGCAAAGAAACCGCCAGCGAUGAUACCGAAGCGGCGGUGAAAAUCCCACCAUCUACCCUUGCGUUCUCUCGGGAAGCGCCAAUACAUGCACACUCAACCUAUACAUUGGGAGAGCGUGGACGCACACCACGCAACGCCACGCGAUCAACCACCACACAGCGGCUGACUGUAUAUAGAUACCCCCCUCCCUUAUGCUUUGGCGGGGAUGUUAAACUUUUUUGGGAGAAUGGAUGAAACUGUGAACGUACUGAGAGGUAGUGUGGGUAGUGUUGUGUGUGACAACUUCUGUAUGAGGGGCGUGGUG